UCCUACUUGGUCAAAGCCAGUUCUGUUUUAACAAAGAGUUUGAAAGGAAGGCAUUUCUGGGUUGAUAUAUGAUGUUGCUUUCAAGGAGGUUGCGUGUUGCUGUAAUAAUGGCUAUGGCAGCUCUUAUGGCUGCUUCCUAUGCUGUUGAAGGUAGUCAUCGUCGCAUUCUGUGGGAUAGCGAUAUCGAUACUGACGAUUUCUUCGGAUUCCUUUACCUCAUGAAGCUCAACAGAUCAGAAUUCGAACUGGAGGCGAUCACAAUCAAUGCAAAUGCGUGGACAAAUGCAGGCCAUGCUGUGAAUCAAGUGUAUGACUUACUUCACAUGAUGGGUCGUGAUGAUAUUGCCGUCGGAGUAGGAGGCGAAGGUGGGAUACUAGAAAAUGGCACCAUCCUUGCAGAUGUUGGAGGCUAUCUUCCGAUUAUAGAUCAGGGAUUGACGACUGCAGGAAGUUGCAGAUACAGGCAGGCCAUUCCCGUGGGUGCAGGAGGGCGACUUGACAUCGAUGCAAAUUAUGGCCUUCGCAAAGCUUUCCUUCCACAAGGCAGAAGGAGGUAUACUCCUCUACAACAACCAACUGCUCAGCAAGUUCUGAUUGACAAGAUAUCUGCGGGUCCCAUAACUCUAUUCGUGACCGGAGCACAUACAAAUGUGGGCAUUUUCCUUAUGAGUAACCCCCACCUAAAGAAGAAUAUAGAGCAUAUUUACAUCAUGGGUGGGGGUGUAAGGUCAAGCAACCCAACUGGUUGUUGCCCCAAAAAUGCUAGUUCUUCCUGUGUGCCACAGCAGUGUGGUGACCGUGGCAAUAUAUUCACAGAUUAUCACACUAAUCCAUAUGCAGAGUUCAAUAUGUUUGGAGAUCCUUUUGCAGCAUAUCAGGUGAUUCAUUCUGGUAUUCCUAUAACUCUCGUCCCUCUUGAUGCUACCAACACAAUUCCCAUCAACGAGGCUUUCUUUGAUGAAUUUGAGAAGAGUCAAGACACAUACGAGGCACAAUAUUGCUUCAAGUCAUUGAAAAUGGCUCGUGAUACUUGGUUUGAUGACCAUUUCUAUACGAGUUAUUUUAUGUGGGACUCUUUCAUGAGUGGCAUAGCAGUCUCAAUCAUGAGUAACUCCCAUAACGGUGAUGGAGAAAAUGAAUUUGCUGAAAUGGAGUAUGUGAACAUAACAGUAAUAACUUCCAAUGAACCUUAUGGGAUAUAUGAUGGCUCCAAUCCGAAUUUUGAUGGCAAAAAAGUUCCUAAGUUUAAUUUAAAGGCAGGCGGAAUGCAUAGCGGUCAUGUUCAACAAGGACUUAGAGAUCCAUUGUGCUUUGUGAAGGAUGGGAAAGGAAAAUGCAUGGAUGGUUAUACAGCAGAGGUAAAUGGUUCCAACUCAGUAAGAGUGCUUCUUGCUAAAAAAGCAAAGCCUAACCAAGAUACUGGAAGCCCACUUGACAGAGAAUAUUUCAUAAGCUUCCUGAACGUUCUAAAUAAACAACAAAAUUCUGGGCUAUUCAACUUCACUACGCAGUUUCCUUACUACAAAGAGGUGACUUACAAACCUGAUUUUCAACAUAGAAGACCAGGGAAACCUGUUGUGUUUGACAUGGACAUGAGUGCAGGAGACUUUCUUGCUCUAUUUUAUCUCCUAAAGGUUCCUUAUGAAGUGAUCGACCUCAAGGCUAUUAUUGUCAGCCCAAAUGGAUGGGCCAAUGCUGCAACAAUAGAUGUGGUGUAUGACCUACUGCACAUGAUGGGUCGUGACGAUAUCCCAGUAGGUCUAGGAGAUGUAUUUGCAAUUGAUUCAAAUCCAUUCUUAUCAGAUGUUGAUGGCUGCAAAUAUGCUGGAGCCAUUCCGCAUGGGAGCGGAGGGUUCUUGGAUGCGGACACUCUUUUUGGUCUUGCUCGUAAUCUGCCUCGUAGCCCCAGAAGGUAUACUGCAGAGAACUCUGUAAAGUUCGGAGCUCCCAGGGAUACCGAUCACCCUGAACUUAGACAACCGCUAGCUAUGGAAGUUUGGGAAUCUAUAUCGCCAACAACCAGACAAGGGUCUAAGAUAACAGUGUUAACCAAUGGACCAUUGACUAAUUUGGCCAAGGUCGUAUCAGAGAAAAACAUGAGCUCCUUAAUUCAGGAGGUAUACAUAGUAGGGGGACACAUAAGCGAGAAUGGCAAUGACAAAGGAAACAUAUUUUCUGUACCUUCAAACCGAUAUGCAGAGUUCAAUAUGUUUUUGGAUCCCUUAGCUGCCAAGACAGUAUUUGAGUCUGGAGUGAAUAUCACUCUCAUUCCACUGGAUAUUCAGCGUGAAGCUAGCAGCUCGUUUUCAACGAUGUUAAGAUGGUUGCGUGCAACAGAAAAAACAUCUGAAGCUGUCUUUUCCAUGCGGUUGUUUUCAAGGCUAUACCGCUUGAAGCAAACCCACUACAGAUAUCAGCACAUGGACACGUUCAUGGGGGAAAUUCUGGGCGCAGUUGUAUUAGCCGAUGGCCAUUCCAGCGUUGGUGCAAAAACUGAGGUCAAGCCACUUAAAGUCAUAGCUGAAGGUUUCAAAUCCGGUGAUGGGACAAUUGUGGUAGAUGAAAAACAAGGAAAAUCAGUCCAAAUUUUAAAUCAUGUGGAUGCUGGGAGUUAUUAUAAACUGUAUUCAGAGAGACUCGGUGAUAAGAAUCAGACAGCCAAGUUAGGAAGCUUCAAUGAACAGAGAAGAAAAUGGAGGCAUCCUUGAAAGCAAAGCAAGAGGGGAAGUCCACUUGGCUACUAUUUUCUGCCAAAAGCUGUUCAUCUUUUCUUAUUUAAUGCAAAUGAGGUGUGGCUAAAAGAUUCUUGGAGAUAGACUUCGUAGUUGUGUACAGGUAAAAACAUUGUGAGGCCUUUUCUUUUUGUUAAAGAAGCGUGAGGAUUCGAUAUUGGGAAAUUAAAUCCUGAUCAUGCUCAAUCAAUAGUGAUAUAGAUUCUUUCUGCGUGUCUCUGUCAUGGGCAUUGUCGCUGAUAUGACACCAUUGUAUGAUUGAGUUCAUGUAUAUAAAUGCGCAACAAGACAAGAAUUUUCAAGUUUGUUAUU